AUGGCUAUCGGCAGCACCAGCGCCAACGGCCACGUCGGCGAAACCGACGUCGUCGUCGUUGGAGCCGGCUUCUCUGGUCUCUACAUGAUUUACUCUCUGAACAAGCUUGGGUUCAGGGUCCGUGGUUUCGAAGCCGCAGACGAUGUAGGAGGAACUUGGUGGUGGAAUAGAUAUCCGGGAGCGCGCUGCGACUCGGAAAGCUUGACAUAUUGCUAUACGUUCGAUGAAGAGCUGUGUCAAGAGUGGACGUGGACUGAGCGCUACCCUAGCGGAGGUGAGGUUUUGUCGUAUCUUUCGCACGCUGCCGACCGGUUCGAUCUGCGGCGGCAUUUCCAAUUCAAAACAAAAGUGACCACAGCCGUGUAUGAUGAGAAGACGCGGCGAUGGACUAUAACCACCGGCACCGGUGACAGCGUCUCAGCAAGGUUCUUUGUCAGUGCGGUUGGCAAUCUCUCGGUUCCUGCUACUCCUGCCGUGCCAGGCAUCGACAAAUUCGAGGGCCGCUGGGUGCACACAGGACGAUGGCCGGCAGAGCCUAUCGAUUUCACGGGUUUGCGAAUAGCAGUCAUCGGUACAGGGUCAUCUGGUAUCCAGAUCAUACAAGAGAUCGCUAAGACGGCCGCUCAUCUCACGGUGUUCCAGCGAACUCCGACAUUUACCAUUCCCCUACGUAAUCAACCUCUCGACCCUGACGUCCAACGACUGUGGAAGGCCAACUACCCUGAGCUCAUCAAAGUCACACGAUACUCUCCCGGCGGAUUGCCUUUCUACGUCGGUACGAAAUCUCUGAAGGAAGCAACUCCAGAAGAACAGCGCAAGGGCCUGCAGGCUGGGUGGAACCUUGGCGGAUUCCGGUUCAUGUUUGGCACCUUUAACGACAUUGGUUCAGAUCAUGAAGCCAACAAGGUCGCUGCUGAUUUCGUGCGCGAGCAAAUCGACGCCAUUGUGAAAGACCCCGACACCGCCGCCCUGCUCAAGCCCACUUCCUAUCCCAUUGGCGCCAAGCGUGUCCCUUUGGAAACCAAUUAUUACCAAGUCUACAACCAAGAAAAUGUCAAAUUGGUCGAUCUCCGGGCGUCUCCCAUCAGGCAGAUGACUACAAAGGGCUUGACCGCUGGAGACACCGAAUACGAAUUUGAUUUGGUAGUCUUUGCAACAGGAUUCGAAGCCAUUACAGGGCCAAUGCUCCAAAUUGAUGUAACGGGACGGGGCGGCCAGAAGUUGAAAGAUGUCUGGAAAGAUGGUCCUUACUCCUAUUUGGGCUUGGCCACACCUGGGUUUCCGAAUUUGAUCACCCUCGCGGGCCCGGGCGGGCCUGGUGUCAUCUCGAACGUCCCACCAACCUUGGAGCAACACGUCGAUUGGGUUGCAGAGUGCCUGACCUACCUACGCACUCACAAGGUCGACGAGAUCGAGGCAAGGGGUGAUGCUACCGAUGCCUGGAUCAGCCAUGUUCAUUCUGAGGCUCAGAAAACCAUGUACCCAUACGCGCCCAGCUCGUGGUACGAUGGCUCCAAUCUCACGGGUCAAGUGCGGCCAUUCCCAGUCUAUACAGGUGGCUUUGGGCAUUACCGCAGGAUAUGCGACGCCAUUACCGCCGACAACUACCACGGAUUCCUGCUGCACCAGGAAGAUACAGACGAGGUCAAUGAUACACGUAAGGCCCACCCGGCGGACUGGUACAGGAAUUUUCUCCCAACUUCAGCUGGCCCAGCAGCGACCAGAUAG